UGAAACGAGAAUUUUAUGAGAACCGACCACGUCAAGAAAACAUUUUCUACGAGUGUUUGGUCGUCCUUCGAAAAUUUUCGAUUUUCUUGCCUGGUCGAUUACGGUUUCGCCAUAUCAUCAGCUCACAUUUCUCGAUUGUUCGUGGAUUUCAUUUUACACCCAAUACCGCCAAAUGAUACGUUGCAGUACGAUUGCGUUAACUUGAUUACAUCGACGUCGUAGAUUGCUCGAGUAGUUACACAUCUUGUGUUAUUCUGUGUCAUUACUAGACGUUGCCGAUUUGUGCUUAUAAUAAUACGAGGAACCUUGAUUAAGUGUUUUGCUGUAAUUUUCACGCUUGGUCGAAACUACGGUAUUUCGCUUCAUUGAUUAGUCAUUAUUUACCUUCAGUAUUUGACGUAAAUGUUUGGUAUCCAAGAGCAUGGAGAACAAUUCCAGAACAUAGCUCCUGAUAAUCAGUAGUUUGGUGUGAUGGUUGAUUAACGCAGUCAAAAAUUUUCACACGUCCUAAUCCACUUGAUGACGGUGUUUGUACGUGUCUAUGAUUGAUCGUCGUUCAGGGAAGAAUAUCGAGACCUCGCGUGGCAGAGACUUCACGGAGUGCAAACGUAUUUUUCACACAGUGCUCGUUACAUCGCGUUAUUGACAAGGUGUUCUUUUCGCCGACACGCAAAGGGACGCUUCAGUGUAAAUCAAUCGUUUCCUCGUUACAGAAAAAGAAAAAGAAGAAACAAAAAAAAAAAAACGAAAGAACGAAAAUAUAAAGUGAUCGUGUGUCGUUCGAUGCGUUGAUUCCUUUUCCUCCGGUAUGAGCACAAGCUGGAUCUAUUUCCGUCGUGAAUUUGUUCUUAGAGCUGUUUCGAAUAUUCUGCUCUGUCGCAGAAGAAUUGCGAUAUCUGUUGUACAACUCGUCUGGCCAGAGAACCACGUUUACUACUGAAUCUUGAUUCCCAACGUUGAACAAGCGAGCGUGACGAAACUGAAACUCUGACAUAGAGAUUCAUUACACGGACGACGAAGAGUCCCAUGUUAUAUUUUUUCUUUGCUGCUAGAAGCACAUAUUGCGUUAGUACGUUCGUAGUGUGGCAUCCAAGUGCCUUGCUAAAGUAGAUAAGAAACGAAUAAUACCGAUAAGUUGACAAUACCAUUUCUAGUCAUAUUCGUUCCAAUGAAGAUAAAGAAAAAUAAAUUAUUUUUGUAAGCUUACGUCAGUAGGAGCCUGAUAAAAUAUAAUCAAAGUUUCGACGGCCGAAAACCAUAAAACCGGUCGAAGGACGGCCGCCAGAAAUCCGCCUUGGCCUACUCGAUUGAAAAUCGCCCCGCUGCGUUCAAUGCAACCAACUGCCAGGGGGAGUCCCCAGGUUCCCAGCCCUGGCUCGUUACGUCCAUUUACACCUCCGGAUCUUUCUUCUAUACCUCAUAUGGACGGUACACUCCCACAAAGCAGCGGUGUUCGUAACAGUUCCUCAUCCGUGAGCGGUCAAACCAACGAUGGUGCCCAAGAACAAUCCGGUCCAUAUAUCAUCGGUAGUCCCAUCGAUCUCGGCAACAUCGAUAACGUCGACAAUAUUGGCCUACGUAUAGAUUCUCUGACGACUGGGAUUGGGAGCCGAAGGACACGUGAACACAUCGAACUGCGGGAAGCUGGAGCGCACGAAACAAGUUCCGAAGUUGGUCCCAUAAGAGCGGAAAAUGGUGCAUCCCAAGGUGACGAUCAGCGAUCUUCGUAUCAACAUGAUAGCAGUGAAGAAAGGGUGGUUUUCAUAAAUGCUCCCCAGCAGCCAGCGAAAUACAACAACAAUCGCAUUAGUACCGCGAAGUACUCACUUCUUUCAUUUAUACCUAUGUUUCUUUUCGAACAAUUUCGUCGAUAUAGUAAUUGCUUCUUCCUAUUUAUCGCCCUCAUGCAGCAAAUACCGGAUGUAUCACCUACAGGUCGAUACACAACUUUGGUUCCAUUAAUUUUUAUUCUUAGUGUAUCUGCAUUAAAGGAGAUAGUCGAAGAUAUUAAAAGGCACAGAGCAGAUGAUGAAAUAAAUAUGCGUGAAGUGGAGGUUUUGAGGGAUGGCCACUGGCAAUGGAUACAAUGGAGAAAUAUUGCCGUUGGUGAUGUGGUUAAGGUUCACAACAACAAGUUCUUCCCUGCUGACUUGAUUUUAUUAUCAUCAUCGGAGCCACAGGGUAUGUCUUUCAUAGAGACUGCCAAUUUGGAUGGAGAAACAAAUUUGAAGAUACGACAGGCCCAUCCUGACACUGCCAGUCUCUUAGAUACUGUUGAAUUAAUGAAUUUUCGUGCAAAUAUUCAAUGUGAACCACCAAACAGACAAUUGUAUGAGUUUAAUGGAGUAUUGCGAGAAACAAAUAAACAACCUGUAGCUUUGGGACCUGAUCAAGUAUUGCCUCGUGGUGCAAUGCUAAGAAACACACGGUGGGUGUUUGGUGUAGUAAUUUACACAGGCCAUGAUACAAAACUUAUGCAAAACAAUACUACAACUGCACCCUUAAAAAGGUCUACCUUGGAUCGACUGACCAAUACACAAAUACUCAUGUUAUUCUUUAUACUUCUUUUGCUAUGCCUAUUAUCUGCAAUAUUUAAUGUUCUUUGGACCAAAGCUAAUAGUUAUGGAUUGUGGUAUUUAGGUUUACAAGAGGAAAUGACUAAAAAUUUUGCUUUUAAUCUCUUAACAUUUAUGAUUUUAUUUAACAAUUUAAUACCCAUUUCGUUGCAAGUCACAUUGGAAGUAGUGAGAUUUAUUCAAGCCACGUUCAUUAAUAUGGAUAUCGAAAUGUACCAUGCAGAAACAGAUACACCAGCAAUGGCACGUACAAGCAAUCUUAACGAAGAACUUGGCAUAGUUAAUUAUGUCUUUACUGAUAAAACUGGAACUCUUACGAAAAAUGUAAUGGAGUUUAAACGAUGUUCAGUUGGUGGCAAGAUAUAUGAUUUGCCAACUCCAAAUAUAAAUGGCAAUGAAGUCGCUACUAGUAUUAAUAGUGAGCUAAUUAGAGAUAUUGUUGAAGGAAGAUCAGUACAAGAUUCUUCUCGUCCUGUUGAUAAAAAGGCUGCAAACCAUGAAAAAGUAGUACAUGAAUUUAUGAUUAUGCUCUCAGUGUGUCAUACUGUCAUUCCUGAAAGAAUUGAUGAAACUGUAAUUUAUCAUGCUGCAUCUCCAGAUGAAAGGGCGUUAGUAGAUGGAGCUCGUAAAUUUAAUUACGUAUUCGAUACUAGAACGCCCGCUUAUGUGGAAAUAAUAGCUCUGGGUGAAAGACUUCGUUAUGAAGUAUUAAAUGUAAUAGAAUUUACUUCUGCUAGAAAAAGGAUGUCCGUAAUUGUCAAAACACCAGACGGAAAAAUCAAACUUUUUUGUAAAGGAGCUGAUUCUGUUAUUUACGAAAGAUUAUGUCCAGCUCCCUUAGAUAAUAAUGACCUUGAACAGAGUAGUUUGGACGAUUUCCGAGAUGUAACUUUAGAACAUUUGGAGGCAUUUGCAUCCGAAGGUUUAAGAACGCUUUGUUUUGCCGUUGCAGAUAUACCUGAUAAUUUCUAUCAGUGGUGGCGUGAAACUUAUCACAAUGCAACAAUUAGUUUAGGAAAUCGUGAAAGUAUGAUCGAAAAUGCUGCGAACCUUAUUGAAACAAAAUUAAGAUUAUUAGGGGCAACUGCUAUUGAAGAUCAAUUGCAAGAUCAGGUGCCAGAAACAAUACAAGCUCUUUUACAAGCUGAUAUUAAUGUAUGGGUAUUAACUGGAGAUAAACAAGAAACUGCCAUAAAUAUUGGCUAUUCUUGUAAAUUGAUUACGCAUGGGAUGCCAUUAUAUAUAAUUAAUGAAUCAUCUUUAGAUAAAACAAGGGAGGUUAUAAUACAGCGGUGUCUUGAUUUUGGAAUCGAUCUAAAGUGUCAAAAUGAUGUAGCUCUUAUUAUAGAUGGAAAUACGUUAGAUUUUGCAUUAUCCUGUGAUAUUAGAAUGGAUUUUCUAGAUUUAUGUUCAUCUUGCAAAGUUGUUAUUUGUUGCAGAGUUUCACCAAUGCAGAAAGCUGAGGUAGUUGAUUUAAUAACAAGUAACAAAAAGGUUGUAACACUUGCUAUUGGAGAUGGCGCAAAUGAUGUAGCUAUGAUCCAGAAAGCACAUAUCGGCGUUGGAAUUUCCGGAGUUGAAGGUCUUCAAGCAGCUUGUGCUUCUGACUAUUCUAUUGCGCAAUUUCGUUUUUUAAAACGUUUGUUAUUUGUUCAUGGUUCAUGGAAUUACAGUAGAAUGUGUAAAUUAAUAUUGUACUCAUUUUACAAAAAUAUUUGUCUGUAUGUUAUCGAACUGUGGUUUGCCAUUUACUCCGGCUGGUCCGGACAAAUCCUUUUCGAGCGAUGGUCAAUUGGUCUUUACAAUGUUGUAUUUACAGCAGCUCCUCCGCUAGCUAUGGGUCUCUUUGAUAAAGUAUGUUCCGCGGAAACUCAUUUAUCUCAUCCAGGAUUAUAUGCUACAAAAAAUACUGGAGAAUCGUCGUUUAAUUUUAAGGUAUUUUGGAUGUGGAUUGCAAAUGCUUUAAUACAUUCAUCUCUUCUUUAUUGGUUAUCACUGCUGGCUCUAAAAGAAGGCGUGAUAUGGGCAAACGGCCGAGAUGGCGGAUAUAUUGUUUUAGGAAAUUUUGUAUACACGUAUGUAGUUGUAACAGUAUGUGGAAAAGCAGGGUUAAUAAUAAAUUCUUGGACGUGGGUCACUCAUUUGGCAACAUGGGGAUCUAUUAUGCUUUGGUUUUUGUUUAUUCUUAUAUAUAGUAAUUUUUGGCCUGUUUUAAACGUGGGUGCAGUGAUGUUGGGCAACGAUAGAAUGCUGUUUUCUUCACCUGUAUUCUGGCUGGGUUUGAUACUUAUACCAGCAGCAGUGCUACUUGUGGAUGUAACAGUUAAGGCAGUAAAGAAUACAAUUUGGAAGUCCGUAACUGCAGCAGCUAGAGAAAAUGAGAUUCGAAAAUCAGACCCUGGGGAUAUAUUCAACAGUCAUGACUACAGAAGCUCAUUGACGGAGACGGCACGGCUAUUGAAAAACGUAAAAAGUGUUUUCACCAGGCGAUCAAACGCCGCUUCCAGAGUUAAUACCGAUGUGGAACUAUCACAGAUUAAUAGGCUACGAUCUUUGUUGUUGCACAUGCUGCGCGAUGCAGAUGGAUUUGCAUUCUCUCAAGAGGAAGGAGGCUCGGUGACACAGACGGACGUAAUCAGAGCUUACGAUACAAAUCUUCCGAAACCUGGCGGCAUGUGAUCUUAAUUCUUCUAGCUAGAGAAACUACACAGAUGUAUAUUCUAUAGGUACUUUUUUCGAUUAACGAAAUCAAAAAUAGAAAAAAAAAAGAAGAAAGGGAAGAAAAAAGAAG